AUGAGUGAUGUGCCAGCCCCACGUAAAGCCCCUCCACAGACUCAGUCUUCAGGAAGUGGUCAUACACUGAUGACAUCACGCCAACCCUACCUGAGCGACACCAUCUCUUCCAAGCGCGUGUGCUUCUACAAGAGCGGAGAUGCCAAGUUCAGCGGUCUGCCGGUUAUUAUCAACAACAGGACUUUUAGGACUUUUGAGUCUUUGCUGGACAGCUUGUCAAAGCGGGUACCGCUGCCUUUCGGCGUCCGUACCAUCACCACACCGCGCGGGCACACGACCGUACAAUCUCUGGACCAGUUAGAGAACGGCCAGUCCUACAUCUGCUCCGACCGGCGCACCGUCAAGCCCAUCGACCUGGAGCGGGCACGGCGAAAACCACGCCCCUGGUACCACGCGCGACCCGUUAGCUCCCGGCGGCGGGCCCUGCAGCUAGCGCGGCAGAAACAGAACUCAGGGCGUGGCGCCCGCAAUGCUCGCAAGAAUGAACGCACCUUACUGCACACGCCCAGACGGCUGGUGGUGUUCCGAAAUGGUGACCCUCAGGAGAGGCACACACUCCUGCUACAGAAGAGAACCACACACUCGUUUGAGGCACUGCUGGACCACGUGUCUCAGGUCAUGAGGUUCCACGUUGUGAAACUGUACACUCCAGAUGGGAGGAGGGUUGAUGGACUACCUGCACUCAUCUUGUGUUCUGGGGUACUGGUGGCUGCUGGGUGGGAACCCUUCAAAAACGGAAACUAUGAUACGCAGAGACCAUCUGAACUGACAUGGUUACCAGCUAAAAGCAUGGGAAACAAGAGAUUCAAACAGACUGUCCCCCGCAAAAAGAAAUCCAUGUCAAGCGGCACAAAGUCACGGAACUUUUCCCCUUCCUCCGAGCGUUUCCUUAUAAACCAGUUACACAGGAGCGUGGCGGGAAGCAUGUACGACACUGGAUCAGUGGAACUGGAGCACGGCCAAACUUUGGAAUCUGUGGCUGAAACAGAGACGCUCACUUGUCCAGAUGCAGAGGGGGAGGGAGAUGGCCAUGUGUUACCUGAUGAUGACAUUGAGAAGUCCUUCCGUGUAAACCAGGACGGCAGCAUGACUGUUGAGAUGAGGGUCCGUCUGACCAUUAAAGAGGAGGAGACAAUCCACUGGACAACCACAGUUAGUCGUUCCAGCGUGGCCAGUCAGGUUAAAGCAGACUGCGAUUCGCUGUCCAACUUGCAUGAACAGUCACCUGACUUACGCUCGCUUCCUAACAACGGCCCUGUUCCCCUGGAAGUCGAGCACAACUCCCAUGCCAAAGAGAACACUGAUCCCCUUCCACUGGAAAAUGGUAUAGUAAAUGAGGAGAAGGAGAUUGGGGGAGGGAAACCAAACGCUCAGGUGGUGGAGCCCCUCUCGCCUCUUCCCACAUCACCAGGGUUUCACGCGUUCAGGGAGAAGCAGGAGUCAAUUGAGAACAUCAGAAGACUGACUGAGUUGGAAAUCCAAGAGAAUGUAGUAGGCUCAUACUCCUACAGGGAGGAAACAUGCACUGGGGAGGUGGUGGAGGAGUACUGCAUGCUGCGGCAGAGCAGCAGUCGGCCUGUGCCCAAACCUCGCAGUUCUCUGCCUUCUGAGAUCAACAACAACAACAGCAGCAGUAGCACGCACCUGCAAUCCAGUAGCUAUACGUCUGCUGAGGUUCUGCAUCUACAGGACAGUGGAGAAGAGGUGCGAGAGACAGUGCUUCAUAUAUAUGAGCAGCAGAGCUGUCAGGAGAAUUUCUUCGCCAAUACACAGCUUUGCCUACAGGGCGUGACCACUUCCAGCUCUCGCCACAGCCGACCAGCGUCAUCAGACACAGUCUUUCCAGCGUCGUCGGAUAAAACAUUCAGAUCCACAAGUGAGGAUUGGGAGUCUGAGAACAAGAUCUCGAGCGGUAAUGAAUUACUCUCUGACAGAGAGUCAGUCUCCCAGGCACAAGUUGUCACUGUAUCUCCUGCUGCAGAGGAGAAUAGCAGAGAAAAUUUAGCUGUGCUAAGCUCUGAGCCACCCAAGAGGAGAAAACCAGUUAGAGUGAUUAUAAAAAAGAGCCGUAUAAUUCGUAAUGUUAUCCCUGAACGAAAGCGGAAGGAGGGCAAGGUGCACCUUUUUAAAGAUGUUAAAAAAGGGAGACCUGAUAUCCUCAAUCCUGCAAAACCGGUGAAACCAUUAGAGCACUUGAGAACAAAAGCGGUCCAAAAGUGGCUCAAAAGUAAAAACCAGUCCGUUAUUAAUAAACACAGAGGUGUAUCUGUGAGGACGUCAGCAAUGCCAAACAAUAGUACUCAAGUGAAAAAUAAAAACCUAAACAAGCUAUCUGUAGUAAGAGAGCAAAACACCAGUGAGAUGACUUCUAACUCGGGAGAUUCGUUCAACUUUAAAGUGGGUGAGGGUGCUGCCCCACCAAAGAGAGACCUGCUCGCUGCAUUCCAUAACAAAAGCACACUGACACGUCAGACGUCAAUGCACGACGACUGGGAACACGAGCAGGACACAAAAGAACCGACUGAGGCUUUAUCCCUAGGGGCAGUACACUCCUCGUCAUCUGUCAUCAAUGAAUAUGUGGAGCUGUGGCUGCAGAAGAGUCGGCCUGAUCCGAUGUGUGACCUGGAGGAAGAGCCUCAAAGCAACGUGGAACUGCGGCAGAAUGCUACCUUUCAUAUCGGCAGCGAUCAAGCUUCAUCUCCAGAGGUGUCAGAGAUCACCUUGGAUCAGGGCUCGGGAGAAUUUUUGGGCCAGGAAUCCACCCCAGACAAGACUCCACUUCCGAGAAAUAUGACUCUGAAAAGGGCACCCCUACCCGAAACAAUUAUCUCUAAAGAGAUCUCAUUCGCCAAUGGAACUGACUGGAAGCAGAUUAAAUCUCCUGAGAGCACUGCCUUGGCAAAGACACAGCUACAAAGUCAACCAUCUGUAGAAAACAUACCUAAAAAUAAUACUCUGGCGAAGGCCUCAUUGUUUAACAGUAAGCCCUUAGAGAAAACACCCUUGCCUAGAAAGGUAAAUUUGGUCAAGAAGCAAACACCCAAAAAUGUCUCAGGCACAACAGUACCUGUAUCUAGUGACAUGUCCAAUGAGAGGGCGAGUGCUUCAACAGAAGUAGUGAAGGAACCUUGUGACAGUUUACAAAAUGAACUGUCAGAGCCUGAAAAAAUGGAAAAUGUGAAACAAAUUACUAAGGAUACUCAGAGGGCAGAAAUACCAACUGAAAAACCAAUGUGUCCCGUGGAUGAAUUCUACACAGUCCGAAUGGCCAACGAGCUUGACAUGAGGCCUGUUCUGGAGCAGCUUUGCUCCUCAAUCCAGUCCCUGCGCAAGACGACGCACCGCAAGAGGCGAUCUUGUUUGGAAAAAUCCAACAGUUUGCCAGAUUUCUCAUCACACGUGGCCUCCACUUUCGGUUCAUCAUCUCGUGUGCUCUUGGCCUUUUUGUCCGUCAUGGCCCUGAAGGAUGCCCUGUCUGGUCUAGACACAGACUGGGAAAAGACAAGCUCCAUGAGCUGCUCAGAGGCACUCCGCAUGAUACAGUCUCUCAAAGAGGUGGCGGCUAUAGAAGAUGCAGAUCUGCUAAGGGCCAGUCUGAACGAUCUACAGAAGUCGACCUCUUCUCACCUUCUGCAGAGCUGGAAGGGUUUUCAGGACCUCAGCUGCAAAGCAAGGAGUCGAAGUGUCACACCUGACAGUACCAGAAGUGAAGUUCUAAGCGGGUCGACCCCGGAUGAGAAACAGGCCAUCCAAGAGCUGAUGGGGGAGUUAGGUGUUCCUGAGAAAGUAAGAAAGGAGCUGGCAGCCCUCAGUGGUGCAGAGGAGGAGCAAAUGAAAAGAAAUCAAACAGAACAUUCUGAAGACAUUACUGUGUCAGAUCCAAAGGUGAAUGUGAACGGUCUGAUAGAAUCUCUCCAAAGAGAAGACACAGUCAGCUUCUGCGACUCUGUGCUGGAGGAAGACGUGAACAUUUAUGUGAAAUCCGUCAUUGAAAAAGCUAUCAAUACACACCUUGAUGCUAGUGACAGCUAUGAGAAAGUCUCUGCAAGAGACAUGCUGCCAACUUGGAGUGCAACAGAGAAGGAACGUGAAGUGAUAAGACAUGAAGGGGAGCAGAGUGAGGAAAAGGAGGAGUUUUGCCACAUCAAAUGCCUUGAGCCUAAACAAGGAAACUUUACUCCAGUGCCUGACAUCUUCGUUGACACGCCAACCAGUGAUUCCAACCUCGAAAUGGAGUCAAUGGCAAGCGGGAGUAUAGAAGUACAGCAUCAAGGAACUAAAGAAGAGACAGGAAAGAAGAGGGUGGAGGAGAGGGAAUUGUAUGAGGAGAGAUAUUCUGAGGAAGUCGAGGAUGGAGUUAUGGAUGAGAAACCUUCCUCUGUGGAGUCAUUCAGUAGGAGCAAGGAAAAACUUUCUGCCUCUGAGGAAGAGAAAUCAAGCUUAGAGGAUGAUGAAAAAAGCUGUGAUGAAGAAUUGAUGAGCUUUGUAGAUGAUAUUUGUGAUGAAGAUCAAAGAUGUUCUCUUCAAAAUGCAGAGUAUGGUGACAGUGUAGACCAGGAAGGCAGGGAAAUAUGGGCUUACAGUGAUGAAGGGCAGUCAGGUCAAACCUCAAGCCAAACAAAGGAACAGCUGGUUUGCAAAAGUGACAGUGUAGAAAAGCAAACAAGUUCAGCAACAUGGCAGCCUAACUUUAUCCAAGAUCCAGUCAUUCAUAAUGCAGAGGAAGUGAACAUCAAGGAGCAGUGCAGCUCAAUGGAGGAGCAAAGCAGUUAUGAGGAGAAACACUCUAGUUCUGAAGAAGGUCCAGUGAUCUUGGAGGAGCCAGAAUGCUACAAAGCCUAUCAGGAUAGGUAUGAGGAACAACAGAAAUAUUGUCUAGAGGACCCUGCGAAGCACGAAGAGACAACAGGUGAUUUAGCAGGAGAACGGAAAAGCUCCGUUGCUCAGCUGAUCAGCUGCCUGGAGAACCAGGCGAAGUCUGGACAGAGCAAGGCCAGCCAUGCUACCGAAAAGUCAAGCACCAAACUUUUUGGCCACAUUGAUCCACCAGAGGUUUCAGAUGUUGAUGAUUUAACUAAUGUAUCUCAUAUCUCAAAUGAACAAGUCAAGAUAGAAGAAUUCAUCCAUGUUAAAUCUAAGCAGAAUAACGGAAGUGCUGAGGUGUCUAAGCAGUCACCAAAGAUAAUUAGAACAACUCAAAGUACACCUAUGCCUAUCACAUCACCUCCUCUACCAUCCUCUUUAGCAUUCAGCUAUGACUCCCAUGGCACCUCAGUCCGAGAGCCAGAGGGUAAUGUACAGAUCAACAGAGUGAAAUCCAUCAGGGAGAUGUUUUUGGCCAAAAGCAGCACAGAAGGCCACUAUGGGAAGAAAAAACUGGCCAGACCAAAUAUAUCUGACUUAUCUGACAACCGACCUGGGACCUCAGAAAGUGGAGAGCACCAGUCACAAACAUCCCCCGAUGUGUCCAGUGGAGAGGACGACACCAGAAAACUGGCCAUCGCCAAGGGUUACGUCAGGAGAACCAUUGAGCGACUUUAUGGAAGAGGCAAUAGUAAUGGAUCAGAUUCAGAAGGCAAGAGACCCACAUCUGCUUCAAAAUCUAAACGGAGAGAAAAUCCAGGCAAGUCCAAAGUUUCCAGCCUGGCCUCUUUCCAUGAGGCUCGUACACGAGUGAUCCCAGAUUUGUCGUACUUCAAAGCAACAAGCACAUUUGAUGAGUAUGAAGAACCGUCACAGUGCAUUAGUUUGAAUCCUGACAUGAACAACAGUGACACAGUCCUCACCGACAAGGGCCUUUGCCCAUUGACAGAAACCAAACUGAUUGACAAAGCCCCCCCGGAGCUCACAGAAACCGCUCAGAAAGGCGUGGAUGACAAAAAGGAGGAUGCUCCCUACUCCUUUUUCGGUUCUGUGUCACCUCACAGCACCCUCUCCUCCACAGAGGUAGAGGACCCUUCUGGGCCACCAGGCUCAAAGUUCACCUAUUUCAACAUGCCGAAUGCUAAUGAUUCAGAACUGGAGCAGGAGGACCAGUGUGUUGACACAACCGAGAGGAAGAGUGAGGUCAAAGCAAAGUCUCCAAUAGAGUCACCUAGAGCUUGGGCAGAGAAGAAUGGUUCUUUGCCAGCCUUCAUUCCCUCAGAACUAAAGAGGAUAGACAACAAGGUACACCCACUGGUGGAGGACAAUUCCAGUUUGGUUCCUGUAGUCACACAACCUACCAAAGGUCAAAGUGCACAAACCAGUGUUGCAAGGCACCCUGCUGAACCUGAUGCCCUGGAGAUGCUCUACUUAAUGUGUGGACAGCACUGCCCUAUACUCUAA